CGAGCCUAUCGCGAAGCUGUGAUCACGCCAUGCAGAUUCACGUUGCUCUGCUUGUCGUCGUUGUGAUCCUGGUCGCAUCGAUAGAGUCGAAACCGAUCUGGCCGAAUCUGUACGUCAGCAAUUAUCCUUCGGAAGCCAUCAGUGUGCAGCCGCAACUCCUUCAGUACCAGGACACCUAUUCUCCCUAUUACGUUUACAAUGUACGCACGGACUUAAAUGCAAUUCCUGCAACCAUCCUUGCAAAUGGAAAGCCAGCGGUCCCCCAUUUACCUACCUAUAACUUUUAUUAUGGCACUCCGGUGUACGACCUCCGGUUCCCAUUAAACCCAGUAUAUCCUUUAUUGAAACCUGGACAACCAGGGCCACUGCCUAAGCCAAACCCACCGUCAACGACCACCAUGAAACCAACGGAAGAAAGCGAUGAUGGCAUCGAGAAAUUGGACACGAAAGUUGAACCGGAGAAGGAAAUGAAGGAACCAGUUGACAGCAACGAGAACGACGACGACGACAGCAUCACCAUAGAUUCAAUAUGAAACCAGUCUCUUUUGUAUUUCCACGUGAAUUGAUUUUGAUUGAAUAAAGUUUAUUAAUUUUGUAAUUAA